AUCAAAAACAAAUAAAGAUAAAAUGGAGUGGUAUCCCGAUGAAGAUGAAGAAGAUUUGAUGUUCUCACCUGCAUUAUUGGCUCGUCGUGCCUCAGAGAGCUGGAUUGUUGAACCACCGGUUGAGAGUGUUCCGAUUAAUGUUACAUUGCAACGUAAAAAAUCAUUGCCCGAUUUCCAAGAACUGCCACGUGCCACAGAGGCUAUGAGCCGCGAAGAGGUAUCUGCUUUGGGCUCAGCAAGACGCGAAGCGGUUAGACGACAAAUCGAAAUGAAUGAAAAGCUCAAAGCGAAUCCAUUAUUGUAUCUCGUCAGUCCACAAGUUAAAGAUUGGUUCUCACGACAACAGUUGGUGCUCUUGGUGCUUUUUGUAAAUAUCAUAUUGGCCAUAAUCUUUUUCAAGAUGCUGACAUAGCGAACACUUUCGCCACCUCUUCAUCAAUUAUUGUUGGACGACAGACAGAAUCAGCAGCAGCAGUUCCCGGAAAUACCAAAGCAAGAACA